AUGGCUUUUCUAGUAUUGACCUCUGAAAUCUCAGCUCCUUUCGUUAUCCCAUCUGUUUCGCCAGUUUCUCCAGCUGCCAGCAGAAAAAACAGCACUGCCAGCUUGGAAGCAGCCAGAAAGAACUAA